AGCAGCAGGUAGCUCGUCAGGAGUUCGCCAUCAGUUCCACUCGUUCGCUCGUGGUGUCGUCGUGGCCGUCGUUGCGUGUUGAGGUUCGCUGCAUUCCCCGGUGCUCGCUAGUACCCAUCUAGUGUUGACCAUCACCCAGCCAGCAAAGCGUGCAAAUGGCUACUACCUAACCAAACGACGUCACCAUGGUGACAGCUGAGUGACGGUCUACCGGCGCUGAAGACCACGACGCCAUCCAUAGUGAAUCUUUUGGACGAGUGUUAAUUAGCUGUGGCCCCCCCAAGUAUCCCCGUGCCACCCCUUCCUCUUUCUGUCUGUCGGUAUUAUGGUGUUGUGAACGAAAGGUAUCCCCCAUGCCCAAUGGCUGCAGCCCGGUAACGGCCGUCGGUACAAGAAAGGUUAAUUGGAAAGGCGCCCGCCGCAUCUUCCGGCCGUCCGCCAGUGUUGCGGUGGCAUGUAGAUUGGGUCCGUGUUUCCUCGUUUCCACCGCGAGUCGAACGCAUUUCGCGCGUCCAGCUAAUUGUGAACAUCAACACACGCCGCGCAUCUGAAGAGAGAGAGAGCAGAGGCCUCGUCGUGUAGUCCCUCGAAAACGGAAUCCAAUUAUUGAACGACGGGAUCAGCAGGAACCACUGUUCCUGAGGGUGUAAAAUGGUCCUGAUGUCCUGUUGUUCCUUCGCGAGCUCGAGUAGCCAUGGUGCGGAUGGUACGGUCACCGCCGGCCACCGAUAUCCGUACGGUUCGGAUGCUAGCAACGUGACAGAGAAGCACUACGGAUGCUACAAGGCCGGUAUCUUCUUCGCGCUCGCCAUCAUCCUGCUGCUGCUGGUCGGUUGCGUGCCGGUCUUCCUGCUCACCGCCAACAGUAACCUCAUCCUGCUGAUCAUGCUCGUUACGCUCCUCCUGAUCGGACUGGCCACCUUCAUCUACUUCCGCUGGCAGCGCAACCGUGCGCUCGCCAUGCGUCGCACGUACGAGCAGCAAAAGUUCGCGCUCACGAGACUCCCGGCAGCGUCAACGGCGGCAGCAUCGGCGUCAGCGACGGUGCUAGGAUCGAAGGACGAAACAGCGAACGGCAAAGCCGGCCAGGUCAACGGUAACAUGUACGGCCAUCAGAACAUGUCCGGACUUAAGGGUGAGGUGACGACGGGCGGAGGUUCGGAACAAUCCUCGCAAAGGACGACGACCACCAUCACGGCAAACCAACAACCGCGGUAUUCGUUUAUUUGAACGGACGGAAGGAUACCACCAUAGGCCACUACUACGCCACGGGAAUGUGGUUUCGUUUCGACACUCGACACACAACCAAAUCGUUUCGCCAAAUUGGUUCAUUGUUUUACCGGUGAGCAAUGAUGACAGAAAUGGUAACACCGGAAAUGCAAACAUUUGGUAGAAAGAAGAGAGAAAAAAAACCCGCGACCAAUCAGCGCGUCCGAUCGCCAAACCACAAUCCACUCUCCAAUGUGGCCUGUAUGUUUGUGUGUUUGUGUACAGGUUGAUACUUUCGUUUCGUUUACCUUUUUGAAAUCACACAUUCCGGCGGCAGCACACUCCUCCAGGGUUGCAGGAUACUUCACAAUUCCCCAAAACCCAGGAGUGCUGGUCAACGUGUAAGCAAACAAGCAAUCAAUUAUGCAACGAUCAUCUUCAUCACACCACCUAGCGGUGUGCAACGAACGUAAUUUAACCACCAUUUUUGCACCAUCAUUAUUGUUCAGUUCAGUUUCAAGUAUUCAUAUGCACGUCGGGUACCAGCUGAAGCUGUAGCAAUUAUUUGGUGCAUAUGCACACCAACUGUUUUAGUAGACCAUUUUCGUUGCCUUAUUAAAAAGCCAAACAGUGGAAUGCUAUGGUGAAGACGUGACGGAAACAUUGUUAACAGUUAGUUCGUGAUAGUUACUAGAUAGGAUGGAGGAGAAAAAUGUUAAAAUAAUAAAGCAUU